UCUACGGAUUACUCGACAACGUAGAUACCGUCUACUGAGCGUUUAUGGUUGCCAGUUUAGUUACCCGCGAUAUUGGGACUUGACGCCGGAACAAGCAUACAUUUUCUGCCCGGCUUAGAAACUCGUUUGUGGAUCUUAUCUAGACUGGCAACAGCGAAAAGUUGGCAUAUUGAAACAUCUUUGUAUUUCCUGAAAUAAGAUCAGUAGGGUGGCACGAAAUUUGACUGUGCAACAAUCAACCCUUUACAUUUGGGGUUUAACAUUUGACAAUAUUUACUUUAUAACUCAGAAAUGAGAGGCCCAUUUGGGGACCGUGGAGGCAGAGCUCGCGGAGGAUUUAGUGGCUCUAGAUUUGGGUCCAACCGUGGUGGUGGUAGUGGUGGAGUAGGAACCAGCAGUGGUGGAGGACCACCACCACCACCAAAGAAGUUUGGUAAUCCUGGAGAUCGACUGAGGAAGAAAAAGUGGGACUUGAGUACACUUCCAAAGUUUGAGAAGAAUUUCUAUGUGGAGCAUGCUGAAGUUGCCAGGAUAACAGCGUUUGAAGUUGAAGAAUUUAGGCGCAAGAAGGAAAUAACUGUACGAGGAAGAGAGUGCCCAAAGCCAGUAAUGGCUUUCCAUCAUGCUAACUUUCCACAGGUGAUACAUAAUCUUUUGCUGGAGAAUUUCACUGAGCCAACAGCAAUUCAGUGCCAAGGGUUUCCUGUGGCUCUUAAGGGUCGUGACAUGGUGGGCAUUGCCCAAACUGGAUCUGGUAAAACUUUAGCAUAUUUGCUUCCUGGAAUUGUUCACAUCAAUCAUCAGCCAUACCUGGAGAGAGGAGAUGGUCCUAUUUGCCUUGUCUUAGCUCCAACCCGAGAGCUGGCCCAGCAGGUGCAACAGGUUGCAGAAGACUAUGGUAGACUCUCACGGCUGAAGAGUACUUGUAUAUAUGGUGGUGCUCCAAAAGGACCUCAAAUUAGAGAUCUAGAAAGAGGAGUCGAAAUUUGCAUUGCAACACCUGGACGUUUGAUUGAUUUCCUGGAAGUUGGAAAAACUAACCUGGCUCGUUGCACAUACCUUGUCCUGGAUGAAGCUGACAGAAUGUUAGAUAUGGGGUUUGAACCACAGAUUCGUAAAAUCGUUGAUCAGAUUAGGCCUGAUAGGCAGACCUUGAUGUGGAGUGCAACAUGGCCAAGAGAAGUUCGCCAGUUAGCUGAAGAUUUCCUUGUCGAUUAUGUACAGAUAAAUAUAGGAAACCUGGAACUAAGUGCCAACCAUAAUAUACUGCAAAUUGUUGACGUGUGUAUGGAAACUGAAAAAGACAGCAAGUUGAUGCAACUGAUGGAAGAGAUCAUGGCUGAAAAGGAGAAUAAAACCCUCAUCUUUGUGGAGACUAAACGCCGUUGUGAUGAUCUUACUCGCAAAAUGCGGAGAGAUGGAUGGCCUGCUAUGUGUAUCCAUGGAGAUAAAAGUCAACCAGAACGAGACUGGGUUCUUAGUGAAUUCCGUACUGGGAAGGCUCCAAUCCUUAUUGCAACUGAUGUUGCAUCUCGUGGUCUAGAUGUGGAAGACAUUAAAUUUGUCAUAAACUACGACUAUCCAAAUUGCUCAGAAGACUAUGUUCAUCGGAUUGGGCGAACAGCACGUGCCACUAACAAGGGUACUGCCUACACGUUUUUCACACCAGGAAAUUUGAAGCAGGCCAGAGAGCUUGUCAAAGUACUGCAGGAAGCUAACCAAGCUAUUAACCCAAAGCUGUUGCAGCUGGUAGACCAAGGAAGGGGAAUUGGUGGAAGAGGUGGUCGUCCUCGUUACCGCACAUCUGCAAGCAAUAAUCCUAAUCUGAUGUACCAGGAGGAGUGUAAUCGAAGGCUUCGUGGUUUGAAAGAUGGUGCAGGUAGAGAGAGAGGGACUGGAAGCUUCCGAGAUCGUGGAGGACGCAACUCCACUGGGGAUCGUAGAGACACUGGCAUUGGAACUGGAAACAACCAAAGGGAAGGAGGUGCCAGACAGAAUUUUAACAGUUUUGGAAAUCAGAAUUCUAACUUUAGCGGACCGCAAAACCAGUACAGUUACAAUCAAGGAAAUUUUGGUGGUGGAAGUGGAGGUGGAACUGGUACAGGAGGAACAGCAGCAGCAGCAGCAGCAGCUGCAUCAACAGCUGCACCUCAGCAGUCUCAGUCAGGGUCUAACUUUAGUGGUAGUAAUUAUAGUAGUGGAGGACGCCAAGAUUAUGGUGGCUCAAACAACUCCCAGGGAACAGGGCAGCAACAGCAGCAGUUUGGUGGGCGAAGUUCCCAAAGCUCUGGACAGCAGCAGCAGUAUGGAGGGCGAGGCACCCAGACCUCUGGACAGCAACAGUACAGUGGGAGAAGCUCCCAAGGCCCUGGGCAGCAGCAGCAGUAUGGAGGGCGAAAUUCCCAAGGCCCUGGGCAGCAGCAGUACGGAGGACGAAGCUCCCAAGGCUCUGGGCAGCAGUAUGGAGGGCGAAACUCCCAAGGCUCUGGGCAGCAGCGGCAGUUUGGAGUGGGGAGGGGAUCCCAGCCACCAUCCACUGCACCACAGCCGCUGAUGUCACAGCAGUUUUCCCCUCCACCUUCAGCUAUUGGGUAUAUGGGACAACAGUCAUCAUACCAGUACCAACCUCCACUCCCAGGCCAGUCUUCUGGGAGGAAAUAAGAAAAAGUAGUUUUUGUGUUUACUGUUUAUGUCCUUGAUAAGACUUUGAACCUUUUCCUCAGUAAGGAAAAUAUUGUUAGGUCUUAAAGUUUAGAAAGAGAAUCGCAGAGUUGUCAGGCAAACAAAUGUACUCUUGACCUAGACAGUACAAUAUAUAUUGAAAAUAAUUUUGUACUGUUAACUUCAAAUGGGUUUACAGAGGGUAUGUUUACUUCAUGAAGGAGGAUUACAAUUGCCCUUUUCAGAUUUUUUUUUUUAAUUUUUCUGUAGUAAAAGGAAAGUCAAUGAUGUUUGAUUAGCAGGAGAAAAGAACUGCCAUACUAGUAAUGCAGUUCAGGUCUUUUGUGGGCAUUGAGGUGAGUUCUUGCCAUUUUUAGUAUUUGAAAUUUUGAUGUUUUUAAGUUAGACCAGGUAGUUACAUAACUUUCUAUAAACUCUGAUAAAUGUUUUAUAUCUUGUUGCACUGUCUGCUCUUAUAGUUGCUAUAGUUUCAAUUUAAUAGCUUCCUGCAGAAAGUGAGUUAUACCUUUAAAUGCCAUAAGUGCUUUUAGUAGAAAGAAGCCUUUGUGCAUACCCAACUAAAUUGAUAGGUUUUCAAUAGGAGUUUUUUCAACAUUAAGAACUGCUCGACACAUUUAGGAGAACCUGUUGGACAUGGCACAUUUUCCUAUCUUCUAGUUUCACUAUUUAGAUGACAAUACACACCUUGUCUUGAGUCUGACUGCAUUUAAUAUUCUUCCCUGCCUGAAAUUGCUGUCCUUUGAAUACUGUCCUUGGAGAGAGUUCUAAAACUUUCAUUAAUAGAAUAUUACUAAUAGGAAAAAAAUAGAUAUGGUGAAUUAAAAAGAAAACAAAAUACAUUUUGGGUGUUGAGCCUUUUGUAGUUGGUACCAUGUUAUUGGGAGUGGUACUGGCAGGAGCUGGGACCAUCCAGCAGUCCUUUAGUAAUGGCUUGCUUUAGACUCCCCUUCAUACAGACGUAGUCCUCACAAGACUGCAUUUCUUUCACCAUUUUGUACAAGUAUUUUGUGCUAGACAGAGUUGAUCAAUUUUUCCCGUCUGUGUGAUCCUAUCCCAUUAUUGUAAACUAAUGAAAUGCAGUUUUCCAUCAAAAAAAACAGGGAAAAAGGCAGUAAAAUUAGUACUUUGCCAGUAACCUUGCAUCCCCUGUUUUGAAGUUGCUGCAUCUUAAGAAUAAAAAUCCCCACCCACCUAGCCAGAAAAAAGUGACACACAGCACAUAUGGCAUGGGAUUUCUUCAGAUUUUCAUGUCACAGUUGAACAAAAGACCUGGUUUAUUAAUCACCCCCAAAAAUUCUUUUCCAUGCAUUAUGUUAAUAAACCUAGAGUACCCUGUGCUAUGAUUUCCACUCAUGUUGACUCUUCAGGCAAGAUGUAUAUGUUGCAGUGUUUUAACCAUCUCAUCAGUUGAAGAAAUAUUUACAUGGGAAGGCUUUCUGUGCUCCAAAUUUUCCCCAGCAGUACUUCUGCAAGCUUUAGGAUUUAAUUUUACUAUGUUGGCAGAAUGUUUCAUGUCAUUAAGCCAACAUUUUUCAAACACAUCUUUUCUGCUUCAUUUUGACAUAGAAAUAUGUUUGGUUUUAUGCUUUUAAUGGCUUUUUAUCUCCAUUAAUCAUUUUACAAGUUAUACCUUUUUAUUAUAAUCUUGGAAGGGCAGUUUUCUUUGUCUUCACAAUGGAAGGUCACAACUGAUUGCUGUAGAUAUAUUCUUAA